UCCUACAGGUGUAGAGCUCAGUCCACUCGCACUAAAAAUGCCGCCCGGAGCGCUGCGCCUCUGUCUCGCCCUCGCCUUCGCUCUGCAGCUAAGGUGCGUCACGCUGCUCGUUAUCCCGCAGGACAGGAGGGUAGGACGACGGGACGCUUUGGAUGCGACCAACACUGCUACCAAAAAACUGGACCCGUUGCUCCAUCUCAAGGAUUUACCUCCAGGUCCCCACAAGAAGGCGCCUCAGUUUAUGUUGGAUCUUUUUAACGCGGUGGCAGUGGCCGACGGGUCCCUGAAAAGACAGAAGGAGAUUCUGGAAGGGAACAUUGUGCGGAGUUUCGAGGAUAAAGGUCACACUGGAGAGAGGCUUCAUUUCUUUAACUUGACUUCUUUUGGUCGAGAGGAGAAAAUGAUCAAAGCGGAGUUCCGUUGGUUUAGAAAGAAACAGAAGUUUUACCUUGGAAAGUCAAAUGGGCCUCAUUUUUAUAAGGUGGAUCUGUAUGAGGUGCUGGACAGCCGAGUGAAGCCAUGGCGAGGAAACCUCAUCACCUCCAGACUGGUGCCUCUUUACACACAGGGAUGGGAAGUCUUUAAUGUUACUCAAACGGUGUCAAAGUGGAUCCGCAACAGCCAGGAGAAUAACGGCAUCCUUGUGGUGACCACAUUUCCUUCUGGACACUGGAUGGAGUCAGUGGUGUCGUCAUCUAAGCGGCAUGAGGAGCUGACAGACACCAACGCCUACCUGGUCAUAUUCUCAGAUGACGGGAGGACAGGAGCCUCAAACCAGUCCUACUUGGGACAAACCCAAUAUGGUGCCGCAGCACCCGAGCUCCACGAUCACCGCAACAGGAGACGACGUGCGUCUCCAGGCUUCCUCCCCCACGGCCGCUCCCAGUCAUGCCAGCGGGUUCCCCUCUUUGUCGACUUUGAGGAGAUCGGCUGGUCCGGAUGGAUCAUCUCUCCCCGCGGGUACAACGCCUACCACUGCAAAGGCUCCUGCCCGUUCCCCCUAGGGGAAAGCCUCAGAGCGACCAACCACGCCACGGUGCGCUCCAUCAUGCAAGCGCUCAAGCUCUCCAGUGAUGAAGUUGGAGCCCCGUGCUGCGUUCCUGACAGACUCCAGUCCAUCAGCUUGUUAUACUUUGACGAUGAGGAGAACGUAGUUUUGAAGCAGUACGACGACAUGGUGGCAUUAAGCUGCGGCUGUCACUGACUGCCUGUUCAUCUCCUGCACUCUUAAACACUGGGACAAUAAGGGAUAGGGAGAUGAUGGUUGGCUUGACUUGAUUAAAACUCUGUAUUUUUGUGUUUAUGUUUAAAUAUUGUAUUAUUUUGAGAAC